GUACACGUGAUCCCCCGGUUCUAUGCAGUCUACCUUCUCCAGUCCAUUCCCAGGCCCCAGUCGUUCUAUGUGGGGUCCACCCCCAAUCCCGUCCGCCGUUUGCGACAGCACAACGGCGAGUUAGCAGCCGGCGCAUUCCGGACCAAAAGGAACGGCGCCAGGCCGUGGCGGAUGGCGGCAGUGGUGCACAGCUUUCCGUCUAAAGUGGCUGCCCUCCAGUUCGAGCACGCAUUGCAACAUCCUCACCAGACCCGCCACAUAGCGCCAGGGAAGAGAGUGACCACCUCGCGGCUGGCAGGAGGUUCGCUCCACCACCGCCUCGCCAACAUCCGCUUGCUCGUGGCAGCGCCGUUCUUCCGCCGCAUGAGCCUCCUGGUGGCGGUGUUGCACCCACCGGUGUUUGACGCCUGGCAGCUAAAUAAGUUUGCAUCGCCUGAGGCAUCCGAGUCCACCUGGGGCUUGUUUGUCCAGGCGCAAGACUGCCGGUUGCAGGCAGCCAAGUCGGUGAUUUUGGCGCUGUCGCCCUCAUGUGCGGUUUGUGCCAGAUUGAUCGACUACAUUCCCGAUCAUGUCCCAAAUCUAGACACUCGCGAUCGGUUAAACGCCUAUUUGGCGAGGAACAUGCCGCUUAUCGCAGUGUGCCGCCUGGACGCAUGCCGGCUGACGAGCCACUUGUCUUGCUUAGCCAAACAGCAGUUGGAGGGCUCCAGUGACGGCCAAAUAAUCCCUGUGACUGUCGAUUGUGCCAGCUGCAAAACGCCGAUGAGGUGGACGGAGCUAGUCCACACUGCCACCCACUUGCGGUACUACGCGCUAUGGGACCAUCUU